AAAUAUUGAUUGGUCGAAGCAACGGGGUGGUGUAGAAGCAGCCUCAGUAUGAUUCAGGCCAUGAGUAGGGAGAGACAGUAGCUGCUCCCGGGCGUGUCUCAGCACCGCCUCUACAUCCAUCACCACCACAUCCACCACCACCACAUCCAACACUUUUUUUUCUCUUCUUUCUCUACCUUCUUUUCCUCUCGCUCUCUCCUCCUGUCUCUCUGCUGUCUCUUGAUUUCCUUCGUCCGCGCUCUCAUUCACUGUCUGUCAGUCAGUCCUUCACAACCGCCUUCGCACACCCACGCUCUCCCACACACCCUAUUCACAAACACCACGAGAGAAACAUCAUUAUUAUACUGUUAUCAUCGUCUCCUUCCACCCACUUGCCAGCUGUAUCGCCAGGACUAUUGCUUACUACCCACUCGCACGCCCGUACGCCCGCACGCCCGCAAAGGCUUUACGGCGGCGGAGGCAGGUUGCUCGCCAUCACGCCCGCGGCGGUUUGUAGUGAUUCUUCCCCCGGAGGUGCCCGGAGAUUGUUCUCCCUGCUGGGAACCCUGAAGGUAAAAGAGUGCGACCGAGUUCCCCGAAGGUAGCCUUCGGAGGGGGCCCUGAAGGCAGCGCGCCCACAGUGAUUCCUUGGGCCACCAAAGCCGCCCAUGACCCGCUGCUUUGGUGGGCGGACCUCGUCCCCCUGCCCCACGGCCCCCCGCCGCCCACUCCCCCUGUAACUAUGCGCUCUGGAUCAGAGACGGGCCGGGGUUAUGGUGUGUCGGCAUUGUCCGAAGACCCCCCGGCGAACUGCCCCUCUCGCCUUCCUUCUUCUGCCGCUGGUGGCCUCACUCCUGAUGGCCCGUGCCCUCUCCACCAGGGUAACCACUGCCACUAACAACAGCAGCAGCAGCAACAGCACUUACAACAGCAGUAGCAGUAACCUCCUUAUUUUCCAAAGUUAUCAUCAUCAUCAAACUAAUCUCGAUCUGGGACACACUGAGGAGAGCAGCAGCAGCAGCAGCAGCAGUUUUAAAACCAAAAACAAGAGCGAAUUACAAAAAUUCCAAAGCCUUUUCCAAAGUUAUCCUACGGGUGCCCAUAGAAGUAGCAGCAGCGGCGGCGGCGACAGCAGCAGCAGCAGCAGCAUCACCACCAGAAACAGUAGUGCCAUCAAGAGCCUUCUUCAACACCAACACUUUCAGAGCUUCCCAGCCACCGUUCUUACAGCCACCACCACCACCACCACUACCACCACCAUCACAGCAGCAGCAACAACCACAAGUACACCAACAGUAACACACACGCCUUUAGCACAACAAGUAAAACCUUCAUUAAUCCACACCAAUAAAACUUCUGAUAAACCUCCAGCAGCCACAACCACCACCACUACCACGUACAGACGUUUCCUUGAUAUAACUGCUUACGCAGUCAAAAGUGGUCGCCUAACGAAACGAAAGGGGAAGCGAGAGGAGGAAGAACAGGAGGAGGAGGAGAAAAAGAAGAAGGAGAAGGAGGUGGAGGAGGAGAAGGAAAGAGAGAAAAAGAAAAUGAACCUCGAGUUGCAACAGUGCCAAAAGGUUCCCCUCGUCUUUGACGAGACGACUGUCCCCAGUGAAACUCCUGUCGAAAAGUGCCAAACCUGUGACUCAAUGUCGAACUGCCCUGGUUCGAGUAGCCAUCCCUCUUGCCCGCGUCUGGAGGACUUCCUUUGCACAAAUUUUACGGAGGAUCUGUUGCGUCGGAGCCUAACCUACUGCCCCCACUUGACACUGGAGUCUGUCAUGUGCGAGGUACAGGUCCAACAUCUCAGGGCCACCGAGUCCUGCAGGAGAACUGCUCAUCACUUGAUGGAAAGGGAUAAGAUGGUCGGCCGUCUCGUAUAUCAGCAUUCGGAUAUGAUCAUGAAGUACAACUGUGAAUAUAACUACUCCGUUACACAGAACUGCGAUGCAUGCAAGGAAGCGUACCAGUACUGGGUUUGCUCACAGUUCUUCCCUGUCUACCUGAAGGGCCACAUUGUAAAACCGUGUCGUCAAUUCUGUCACGAGGUAGAACGGAAGUGUCCUUACCUCUUGCCAAAGGACAAACCUGUGGCGGGAGAACCAAGCUUCCUCUGUCAGGACCCAAAUAUCGGCGAUCUUCAUGGUCAAGAAUCCUCGUAUGGAGAAGAUUCCUGCUGCUACCGCAUGUGCCCAAAUGAAAAGGCCCCUGGACACCACCCGAGGAUUUGCUACACCUUUCCCAUCCCUGCCACCAACUCCACCAUUGCAACAGAAGCCUCUAUCAACUCUUCUUCUCCUUCCCUCUCAUCUCCUUCUUCUGGAAGCAAUGGCAGCAGCAGCAGCAGCAGCAACAGUGGAGGAGUAACGUCGCUGGAGACCAUGGACAACGGCGGUGACUCACAGUGUCUUUCAGCCCAUGGAGCGGACUCAUGUUUAUGUCAGUCUAACCAUAGCCCCGUUGCUCCAUUAAGCAGCUCCAGCUGCACAGUUAUAUCCAGAAAACAUUGUUGGACUCGUACUGCGUUAUAUAUAUUGUUGUUAUGUCUAGUGCGAACUCGUGCGUUGAUGCCGCGAGGGUUUACCUAGUGACUGGCGUCCAGGUGUUGUUCUAAAAAGGUGUUGGCGGUGCCGGAGUUGUGCCGUUGGCCCUCUAAAGCCGUUGUUAUUAACGUUGAACCAAUGUCCCCCUCCCCCUCCCUCCUCCUCCUCAUCCUUUUCUCCUUCAGCCCUUGAAACCAGAUGCCAUUCUAUUAAAUCAUCUUUUUCUUUUAUAGCCUUUUGCUGUCAUGACAUAAAAUAAAAAGGAAUCAGUCUGUGCCUGACCUCGGUAAAUCUGAAUCUCCUUUGUUAUUUUGGUCGAUUGUCCUUUAUUCAUUUUUUCCUCUUUAAAUCUUAGCUAUUUUAAAUGUCAACAGUUUAUGGUGUUGGUUAAUAGUGUUGGCAUUAUUAUUAUGAUGAUGAUGAUGAUGAUGCUUGUCCUUUGUUUUCCUAAGAGAUUUGAUAAUUUUGCACUGAUUUACCUCUAACUCUUGGCUCUUUCCAAUCAGUGUUAUGAAGAGGUUGAGAUUGCAUCCUUUUUCUUAUAAGCACCUUUUGAUAUUCACUCUUAAAAUAUAUUAUAACGCCCCAUUUCAGUAUGGGUCACUCUGUCCGCUUACUGCUGGUUCCUCAUUAGUUUUAAUAUCUCCUUCAGACAGCCUUACCCCCUUCCUCCCUCAUCCACUUUGAUCUCUCCUUCCACCACUUACUUCUACAUUCCACCUCCCCCCACCCCUACUUCGCCUAAAAGAUGAGGGGAAGGAGGAUCGCGUGUGGCUGUAAACCUUUCUCAGAUGAAUAAAAGUGGGAAAAGGUUGACGUAAGCAAAAACAAAUAAAAUAAAAUAAAAUAAAUGAGUGCGUCCAAACCCCACCACCAGCCCUGUUGAAGACGAGAGAGAGGAAGAGAAGAAGAAGAACAACAACAAGAACAAGUUAACCUCUAAGAAGAAAUAUAUAUACUUAAGAAUUUAUAUAUAAAUAUAUAUAUAUAUACUUACUUAAAAACGCCAUUCAGAAGGAUAAACCUCUUCGAAACAUAUCCUCCUCUUCUUUCUCAAGUCCUUGUCUCCUCUUGAGCAAAUUAUAGGAAAAUAUUUGAAAAAUAAAAUAAUGGUAAAUCACUCCAGCUUGAAUUCUUGAAUCUUUCUUUCCACUUUUUAACUCUAUCGCGUAUCAAAGAUUCAUAUUUGCAGCAGCUGUAACAAACCCUGACUUGUGUGUAUAGUAUAUCCUCAUGCAAACAAAAACGGCGACACAUUAUUCAAAGUGAAUUAGGCCUUAUGUACAAAGAAGGUUUAUUUUCUGAAUGUCAGUCUCAUAUAUGGAAGGAAAAUUGUUGGUCGUAUUGUUGUUCAUACCAUUAAACCCUCGAAGUGUUUUAAUUUUUUUUUUCUAAAGAUAAGAGAGGCUCAGAAUUCUUGCUCUACGGGAACAAUCUAUUCAAGAUGUGAAAGAAAGUUUGUGUAUAUAUUAUAUCCAUAUAUAUAAAUAUAUAUACGCGCACACCUAUCACACGUAAAAGCCAUGUCAAGACGAGUAUUAUAUGUUAGUCACAUCGUCAAUUUGUAGAUUUGAUUUAAAUUAAUAUUUUUGUUAUUAACCAGUAUAAAAGGUGAAGUGAGAAGGAAUGUCAAAAUGCAGCCUUUAUAAUUGGAUGUUUAAUACUGGGUGAAUCAUUUUAAUUCCAUCAUUACAUAAUAAUGCCAGAGAAUACAGUAUAUCGCUUCCAUUCACAAUAAGAAACGUACAAAAAAAAUUGGGAUUACAAUUUUUCAUUUUGAAAUCUACAGUGUGACUGUAGCGAUAAUACUCGCCCCAUUAGCUUUAUGACAGACAAUCAUUAAGCUGUGACUAGGUUCAACUUAUUUCUCUUGAUGCAUCUGCUUUCAUUUCUGGCACUUAUUACACCCUGUGAUGGCACCACCGAUUGAGUGACGCCAACCAUUUUAAAAAUAAUUAGUGUUUAGUUACAACUUUUAUACUUAUUUUCACACACACACACACACACACACACUGUGAAAAACAUAAUUGAAGAUUUAUUUAAUACAAUCUUGAAAACUUACACUUUCUGUUUACAUCCUGCGUUCUUGAAUUUCUGUUUUGUUUUAAAAUGCUAUGAUGAUGAUCAGUUCUGAAUUAGCUUAUGCUGUGAUGUCACUUUUGCAAUAGAUUUGAUUACUGAACUAACUUCACAUUGGUAGAGGCCGGUGUUAGUAAAAAUAUUUCAUGUAAUUGUUUAUAAGAGAAGUUCUGAAAACAGAUGAAUCAGGAGAAUUGCUUUCUGAUUCUUGCGGCAGCGCGGAAGGCAAACGGUUUUGCACACGUAAAGCUAUAAGUCCAUAUUAACAGAUAAAUAAAACACCUUUUGAACAAAAAGAUGAACAUAUUUGUAGGGCCAGUUCAAUAAAUUUCCAUAUAUAUAUAUAUAU